UCUUUGGCCGUUGGCCGUUUUGGCCCGAUCGGCCGGGGCCCUGGCUGCCGGCCUGUGGACUGUGUCCGGGAGGCUCCCCGGGCCUGUGGGCGUGAUGAGCGAGCGGACCGACCAGUCACGGCAGAAGAAUCGUGUCGGGGCCCCCCGACUGGACUCUGAGGCCCGGCGUCCUGAGUCCCCGGCGGAGCUCCAGGCCUCGAUGUUGAGGAGCGCGGAGCGUUGGCAGGCGCCGAGUCUUCCUUCCAGAGCCCAGUGCGUUAAGAUGGAGAGGGUGCAGGCAGAGGGAGCUGGUGUGCGAAGGCUCAGAGGUGACACUGACCUGAGAACGCUCGGGACGUUUCUUGUCUUCCAUUGCAGGGAACCAAGAGCGUGAGAGGAGUCCCGCCUCUGCCCCCGGGUCCUGGCAGUCAUAGUUUUUGAUAGAAGAGGGAUGUCCACGAUCCGAUUUAGGAUUUUGAAAGUAUCCCAGUGAAUACCCAGUAAACAGACUGAGUGAACACGCUGGUGGGAGAGCGGCUGUGGCCAGGCUGAAAACAGGGAGGCUCAUGAGGAUCCGGCUGCGGUAUUCAUCGGGACAGUUACGGUGGCGGCCGGUGCGGAGCACACGUAGAAGACGUGAGAGAAGUGAUCAGAUUGCGGUCAGAUUUUCAAGAUGGAGUUGAUGGACUUCGUGCUACGUGGGAGGAGUGACUGGGCUCACCAUGGGAACAGCGGCGCCACCAGAAGUCUUUGGAGAGUGAAGGGUCCUGCUUACAGAAGCCCGGCAGUACCCUUAACCCCAGGGUCCUGGAGCCCCAACGUUAGUGAAUGAGGUCACUGGCUGCCACGUGCAGAGUCACCUGGGGAGAGUUGAGAGGGCUGAUCCAAGGACAUAGACGAAAGAAGAAGACCUAGGGGUGUGAGAAAGGAGCUGUCACAAACUGAUGAGUCUGUCAUGAGUCAGGCAGAACAUUCACUUUGUGCUACUUCCCACUCGGUCACCUCCAACCCAUGUGUCAGACAACUACUGAGGACUUGCUUUCUGCCAUCAUAGACACUCAGGUUGUCCCAGGGAGAAAGGACCCAGGAAUCGAUACCGUGAUGUGCCCGCAACACCUAGACGACCCAAGACGAGCAAAUCUGGGAAAGUACGUGGUGCGCGGCCGGUUUAGCAAGGGAAACAGGUGCUUCAGGGACGUCUCGGAGAACAACUCAGACUCAAGCAAACUUGAGGCUGGGGGCUUGCACCUCUGGGUGUAGGGGCUGCCAAACUGGUGUCCACCCUUCACAGGCCACACAGAGGCCACACCCGAGCACAGGCCUCCGGAGGCGGAGCUGGGGUCGGCCUUCCCGGGCUCGCCGCCCGAGCGCCACCGGUCUGAGCCCGCCCCUCCCACUGGGCUUUGUCCUUAAAGCCCCAGGCUGGGGUCGCCUCCAGGGACCUCAGCCGCUUCCGCUUCUGCGAGUCCGGCGUUUAGCCUCGGGGCCGCUUGGGUGCAGGCCGGGCUCCCGGGACCCCGAGCGGAGGACGCCCAGCCAGGCGACUCCCCGCCUCAGGCGCACCGGCCCACGGACGCGGGGGCGCGCCCGCGGGACUCCAUUUCCCAGCGCGCUGCGCGGAGCCGCCGGGCCGUGGCCACGGACGUCGGAAAGGGCUCCGCCCACCCGGCCGCAGGGCGGGCGGGAACUACGCUUCCCAGAAGGCGCCGCGCGUGCGUCCGCGGCGCGCAUUGGGCCAGCGAGGGCUUGCGGGGGCUGGACUUCCGGCGUCCGGGACUGUCACUUCGCUGCGGGGCGUGGGGCCACACCGGUGUUGGGCACUGGAGCGCGGCGGGUCCGGGUCGGCCUUCCAGGAGCCUCGGAGAGCCGGGCGAGGGCCGCGACGAGGGCGCGAGCGGAGGGCCGCUAGGCGCACGCCGUGGUCCCCGGCGACGGUCGCGCCCGCCGAGCCUCGGUUUCUCCGGGUGUAGCCCGGGCCGCCCCGCGGGGCUGUGGGGCGGUGCCCCGCGUCACGUGCUCUCCGACCCCCGGGCGGCCGGGGAGACGGCGUCCUGGGCGUCUGUGCCCCAGACGGCGGAGAGACUGAGGCCCGGAGCCGGACGUCCGCGUAGCCGUCGCUUUCUGCGCGUCCGCAAGUACACGUUCUGAUGGCGACCGCGGCGCUGACGGACCCGGCGCAGGACUCUCUGCCUCAAGACCCCGGGUAGUCAUCCAGCUUGAGCGUGGCGAGGAGCCCUGGGUUCUCGGUGGGACAGUUGCGACGCCAGCCAGGAAUGCUCACAGGAAGCCCAGCCCUGGUUCCCGUCACCUGGCAUACGACAGGGUUGUUCCAGGAGCAGCAGAACUGCCAGGGGCCUUCCAUGACGGCUCCCCUCCAGCACCUACGAGGGUCCUCCCCUUUGCUGGCAUCUGUCCCUCUUGUUGGCUGCAAGAAGACACCCGGUACAACAAUGCCAUCCCCACUGGGCCCCCCACGCCUGCCCUCUGUGGACCCCGUGGCUAUCCUGGACCAGCCUGAGGCAGCGCGCCUGCGCUUCCGGGGAUUCUGCUACCAGGAGGUGGCAGGUCCCCGUGAGGCCCUGGCCCGGCUCCGGGAGCUGUGCCGCCAGUGGCUGCGGCCCGAGGCGCACUCCAAGGAGCAGAUGCUGGAGCUGCUGGUGCUGGAGCAGUUCCUGGGCACGCUGCCUCCCGAGAUUCAGGCCUGGGUGCGGGCCCAGCGGCCCGGCAGCCCUGAGGAGGCCGUAGCCCUGGUCGAGGGCCUGCAGCAUGACCCUGGGCAGCUGCUGGGCUGGAUCACAGCCCAUGUCCUGAAGCAAGUGGUGCUCCCGGCAGCACAGAAGACGGAGGAGUCUUUGGGGAGCUCCCACCCUUCAGGGACAGUGGAGCUCCUCAGGGCAACCUCUGGGGAGGCCUCACAGGACACCCACGUGGAGAAGUCUGCCCAGCUUAGCUGCAGCGUGAAGGAGGAGCCAGAUGCUGAUGGGCAGGAGAUGGCACCUUCCAACCCCCCAGAUCCAGCCCAGUCCCACGAGGGGCACCCUGGACACCGGGAACCAGCCUCCACGUCCUUCCACCCACCCAGGAUUCAGCAGGGAUACCAGCCCCCCCGCCGGAGGCACGGGCUGAGUCGGGGCCGGGGGCCAUGUGUACAGGGACAGAGGGUAGAAGAAACCUCCACCCGGGAGAUGAGAGUGAGAGUCACUGCGAGGGUCCGCCCCACUGCCCAGAGGCCCAGCCACCCCGGGGCCCGGGGUCUGUCGCCUGGGAGGGCCCGUCUGGGGCCUCUGUGUCUGCCAGGGCAAUGCUGGGAGCAGAGCUGGAGCCUGGUGCCCCGAGAGGGAAGCCUUACACCUGUGAGCUGUGUGGCCGAGGAUUUGACUGGAAAUCAGUCUUUGUCAUCCACCACCGGACGCAUGCAGAUGGGCAGGGUACGCGGGCCCCGGCACUGGCCGUCGGGGGUGCUCAGAAGCUGCCACAGGGUUCCCAGGAGCCAGGCACACCCCGGUACCCCCGGCGCGUGCUCCCAGGGCCCCGGAGCUAUGCGUGUGAGGAGUGUGGGCGCAGCUUUAGCUGGAAGUCGCAGCUGGUCAUCCACCGCAAGAGCCACGCGGGUCAGCGGCGCCACUUCUGUGGAGACUGCGGCCGUGGCUUCGACUGGAAGUCCCAGCUGGUCAUCCACAGGAAGAGCCACCGGCCGGAAGCCCCAUGAGUGGCUCGAGAAGGCGGCCUCAUCUUGGGGGCCUUGGAGCCUCCAGGGCCUGGACACAGUUCCCGGGGCUCUGGUUCCAGCCGUCCCAGGGCUGCUCAGCCUCUGUGCAUCAGAGUUUCCAGGAGGGUCCCCUGCCCCAUUUCAGUCUCCCCAAAACAGCCACCUGGGUGUAAGUAAAAGAAGCUGCCUGGUGGGGCCUGGCUUGGAACCCACGCAACCCUCACCGUGGAGCAACAAAGGGAACUCUCUUACUCUGCGCCAGCGGUCGUCCGAGGGCAUUGAGACCGCCUUUCCUUUGGUUUUUAUGUGCGACAGACACUCAGGUUGUCCCAGGGAGAAAGGACCCAGGAAUCGAUACCGUGAUGUGCCCGCAACACCUAGACGACCCAAGACGAGCAAAUCUGGGAAAGGCCUGAUGGCCUUUGAGGAUGUGGCCGUGUACUUCUCCCAGGAGGAGUGGGAGCUCCUGGACACAGCCCAGAGGGCCUUGUACUGCCACGUGAUGCUGGAGAACUUCACACUUGUGGCCUCGCUGGGACUCUCUGCCUCAAGACCCCGGGUAGUCAUCCAGCUUGAGCGUGGCGAGGAGCCCUGGGUUCUCGGUGGGACAGUUGCGACGCCAGCCAGGAAUGCUCACAGGAAGCCCAGCCCUGGUUCCCGUCACCUGGCAUACGACAGGGUUGUUCCAGGAGCAGCAGAACUGCCAGGGGCCUUCCAUGACGGCUCCCCUCCAGCACCUACGAGGGUCCUCCCCUUUGCUGGCAUCUGUGAGCGUGGGAAAAGCCUGGAGGGCUGGCGGGGCACCUCCCCCUCUCAGGAGAAAAAACCCACAGGGGUGUCUGUAAUCUACUGGGAACGGCUCCUGCUAGGUCCUGGCGGUGGGGAGGCCAGUGUCAGUCUGCGGCUGACCUCCCCACUGAGGACUAACCAGGAUGGCCAAACCAGGGAGUUGGCCAUAAUAGAAGGUCGCAAACCAGCUAAACACCAGAGGGCAUCCCAGAGGCAGAAGCCAUACUCGUGGGCAGCGCCCCACAGAGUCUUCCCAAGCAUCUCAGUACUUGAGGUUAGUCAUGCUAGCGGGGAAGGAAGAAAGGAUUUGGCUCCCGAGGUGCCUCAGAGACUCCCUGAUACCCACAAGUCCCCAACCUGGGAUCAGCUGGGCAAGGCCCUCCACCCAGGCCCUGGCCUCCUUCCCGGGGAGAAGCCCUUCGAAUGCAGGGCGUGCAACAAAGUAUUCGUGAAGAGCUCGGACCUGCUCAAGCACCUGCGCACACACACUGGAGAGCGGCCAUACGAAUGCGCGCAGUGCGGCAAGGCCUUCAGCCAGACGUCGCACCUGACGCAGCACCAGCGCAUCCACAGUGGUGAGACGCCCUACGCGUGCCCGGCCUGUGGCAAGGCCUUCCGGCAUAGCUCCUCACUGGUGAGGCACCAGCGCAUACACACAGCCGAGAAGUCCUUCCGCUGCAGUGAGUGUGGCAAGGCCUUCAGCCACGGCUCCAACCUCAGCCAGCACCGCAAGAUCCAUGCAGGCGGGCGGCCCUACGCGUGUGCCCAGUGUGGCCGCCGUUUCUGCCGCAACUCACACCUCAUUCAGCAUGAGCGCAUGCACACAGGGGAGAAGCCUUAUACUUGUGCCCUUUGUGGUGCCGCCUUCAGCCAGGGUUCCUCACUCUCCAAUCACCAGCGUGUGCACACAGGCGAGAAGCCCUUCGCCUGCGCACAGUGUGGCCGCGCCUUCAGCCACAGCUCUAACCUCACGCAGCAUCAGCUGCUGCACACGGGCGAGCGGCCCUUCCGCUGCGGGGACUGCGGGAAGGCUUUUGCCAAGGGCGCGGUGUUGCUCAGCCACCGACGCAUCCACACGGGUGAGAAGCCCUUUGUGUGCGCACAUUGUGGCCGCGCCUUCCGCGAGCGCCCGGCCCUCUUCCACCACCAGAGGAUCCACACGGGAGAGAAACCUGUGCGCAGACCCCGGCGUGGGGCAGGCCUGACCCCCCAGGCCAGGCCUUCUUCCGUGGUGUCAUCAGAGGGCUCACUGGGGAGGGAAGCGGGGUCCACUUCUGCCUCAGGUCCAGCCGCAGUUUCGAAGCCUGCUGAAGCCUGAGUUCACAGCUCCAGCCUUCCCAGGCUUGUCGUAAAACACCCACGUUCCCUGCAUACCCACAUCUUGGAGAAGAUCCGUGUGUGCACUGUCGGUCCGUCUGCACAUGGUGACGACGUUUGCCAUUUCAGCUACGGCUCACUCCAACCCUAAGUGGUCAGCCUGCAGAUCUCGCAGGGGCACAUUCCCCCCAUUUGGACGCUGGGACUUGGGCAGGGCAGAGACUCGGCAGUAGAGUGCCGUUUCGUGCCUGUUAUGACUGUGGGUGCUCAGGUGAGGAGGGGGACUGCUGGAACGCUGGGGAGGCAGUCCUAGAAGUUUCCCCUGUCCCUGCACAAACUGGCCGCCAGGCCGACCCUCCGGGUACUCUUCCAAGACCUCGCUUCCUCCAGGGCCUCCUGAGAGCGGACCCAGUGGCUAGGAGGUCAUGUGGGGGCCAGGUGUUGGCCUUGGGCUCUGUCUUAGCUUCCACCUCUGGGGGAAAGAACCGACGAGAGAGGGAGAGAGAUUCAGGCCUACAGAGGGAUCCUGACAGGCAGGAUCUUGCUAAGGGUCAGCGUGUGCCAGCUGCCAGCCCUGUGAGGUGGCUGCUGUGGCUGGUAUCCCCACUCCUCAGAUGAGGGAAUGGAGGCGGAGAGAGGGGAUGUGAGUUGUACACAGCAGAGCCAGGACUUGAAUCCAGGCCACAGGCCCAGCAUCCAGACAGCUCACCAGUCUGCCCCCGGGGUUUUAACCGCCAUGCUCGGGUCUGCCAGUGUGAGAGCUGGGUGAUGCCAGGCCUGCCUGCCCGCUCGUGGCAGUCCCACAGUGGGUGGGCCAAGCAGAGGGGGCGGUCCCUGGGGUGGGGAGAGGGAGACAGGCAUGAAGACUGAUAGGUCUUGAGCCAUGCUCUUUCAUUCGCUUUCUCAUCCAAGCCUCAGCAUUGGCCACGUCCCGUUACCAAAGGCACCGCUGCCGGAGCCUUUAUAUUCCCCCCGCCCUGACGAGAGGUGAUCGUGACAACAGGUUUGGAGGAGACCACAUGGGACUCCUUGUUUCUCCCCGUGGCCCUCACAGGCCAGGGCCCGUCCUGCCGUCAGUCCUCACACCCAGGGAUGUUAGUGGUCUCUCUACUUGGGAACAAAAAAGAAAGAGCAAAAAUUAGCAGUUGGAAUGGAUGCACCUUGUGUAAAUCCUUGCACAGCACUGUGGAAGUCCACAGCCUCAGCCUCCCCUCCCAGCCUCCAGGUCAUGGUUCAGAAGGGUUUAACGGCACAGUCCUAAGUGUCAUCAUCCCAGAGCUUUGAAGCCUUGGCUUCAGUGCAGGUCCUUCAAAGCAGGGCAGAGUUGCUGCUUGCCUGUCCCCCAAUGAGGGGCUGGGACACCUCUUCUUCAUGGUAGCCAGAGGUUUGUGGGAGUCUGCUCGGAGACUUCAGCAAUGUAGACAUCCUGAGGACGCCCCAAGUGUCAGCUCUACCAUGAGAUGCAUCUUUGUAGAUCCAGGCUCGGUUGCCUGAGACAAGGGGGUGCUCUCGUCCCAUCACCUCCAAGGUCUGGUAGCCAUCUGUCCUACAGAAUGAGCAAAGACAUGUCUCCCCCACUCUCCACCUGCUAGCAGGUGGAGACCUAUCUUCUAUCUCUGGAACCGCACAAGUCCUACAAAGAGGGGAGAUGGGGCAGUGAGAGGUGUCUUGCUGGAACUGGCUCCCCAUGAUCCUUGGAGUACAGGUCCACUGAACCAGAAUUCUUGUUACCCUGAGCCACUGUCCACCCCUCCUGGACUCCCCUCUCUCUGCUCUGGUCCACACUCUGGCCUUAUCCCCAUCCCAUCUUCCCCCAGAUUCACGUCCGUGAGGGUGCCUUGAGUAGGUCAGAGCCUUAGUCCCCACAGCUGUGAAAUGCAGACAAACCCCCGCUCUAACUGAUCGAGACCUGUUUUGGGAAAUCCAUGGGAUUCAGGAUCAAGGGCAUCUGUCAAACACCAAGUGGGUACUCAACAAGUCAUGUUCGACCUUUUCUGUGUCUUUUACUGAAGCUCUGGAGUCCAGUUUCCAACCUGAGUCUUCCUGACCCUCGAGCAGAGACUGAUGCCCUCUCCCAUCUCCCCACCAGUCUCCUUCCCGUCUGUGUGGUUGGCUUCUGCUACCCUUCACUUCCUCCACCCUCAAGGCCACCUCUCCCAGGACUGGUCAGUGGCUCCCACCUUGACCCCAUGGAAACAGCAACUAUGAUCACCUGCCUCUCCCCACGUCUUGGCCUUGCACUGCCCUCCUCCAAACUUCUGUGGUCAUGUUGGGCUCUUUCCCGCUAGGCUGCUCUUAACCCUGAGCAGACUGUGAGUGUAAAAGUUUCCCUGGCUUUCUAGGUCAAGAUGGACUGAACACACAUCUCACUUAGUUCAGAAAGCCACUGAAACAACAGGGAAGAGUAUGUUUAGAACAUAAACCUACAAGUAUGAGGAUGGAGUAGGAGGUGUCAGGCGAUGGCAUUCUGAAGCUAGGGUUGGAUGGGAAUGGGUGGACUUCGAUCUGGUGAGAGCCACAUACAGAGUCGGCGCUGGGGCAAGUGGAGGGUGGCCCCUGCAGGCUUAUGCUGCAGAACUCCAGAGGGCUUGAAAACUAGCAGCCUGUCCUCUGAGCCUGCUUGGGCUACACACCAGAGAGUUUUCGUGAUCACUGGCCUCUACCUAACAGCUCCCACAAUGACCCAGGUGUCACUUCUGGUAUUGGAGCUCUCAAGGCCUACGUCUCAGUCUUCACACCCACGUGUACCCCAGCCUUGUGCCCCAGCCUACAACAUCUGUAAUGUGCAGGCAGCGAUUCCUGCCAUGGAGAGAGCACAGACCACUGAGGAUUAACGUGUUAUUCCCCUUUUCCAGGGCUCCAGCUCUUAAGAUGCCUGGGCGGCACCUGUAGCCCCUGACAUGGGGUGGAUUGCACUUCCCAGAGGUUCAGUGCCAUCUGUGUUUAUCCUAAUUCCCGUGGAAGCACUGUUGAUUCUUGAGACAUUGAGGACUAUACUUCCAAAGCCUUUGACACUCACUUUCCCUUGGCCCACAGACUAUAGUUCCAUAGUGAUCAAAUAACAUUUAAAGCCCCUGACAGUGCACAACACUUUCCUGAAACCAACAAAAGCAUGCUCCUGCCUACAGUUCACACAAUGCCUGGAGGGCUCUUUUGGCCCCUAGCACACUGGAUUUCAUCUUCCAGAGGGCUCUGAUCUGCUCCACACCCCUCCCCACAGGACUCGCAUCAGGGCUUUUGCAGAUGCUGUCUGCCAAAGACACUCUUUCCCAGUUACGUGCUGCUGCUCCUUCUCAGCUUAGUUCAGUGCCUUGUCAUAUCACCACGAUGGCACUUCUCCUUACACCUUCCCAACCAUAUCCACAUCUGGUGGCCUGGGGUCAGCCCAUCAGGGGCCACAAGAAGACCUAUAGAUAGAGUGAACCUCAUCUCUCAAUCCUGGAAUGACUUUGAGGCUACUGGCUCCUCCCUCACUGGUGGCCUUGCCUAGACAGAGCCAUUCCCUAAGGCUGGUGGGGAGAUGGGGGACCCUGAAGUAAGGUCUCUGGAGGCACUAAGCCCUGAGUUCCUUGCUUGUAUCUCCAGCCACUGUUGGGGAGGAAGA